CCCCACUCAGUGGAAUGGCGUGCGGCGAGAGGUUGUGUUCGCCUUGCACGGCAGGUUAGUAUUUCGCUGCGUCCGUUUAGUGUCGUGUUUCUCGCGUCCUCGCUUGUGCCUUAAGACAUGAAUGGAAACAGUGCAACUUCAGCAAAGACAUUAUACUAAUACCAAUAACAUGAAUAUGUGUUAAGUGUCACAAGUUUAAGUGUUGUGAAAUACAUCCAGCAUAAUGGGUUCUAAAAUCGAGUACGUGGAUUCGUCACAUUUGUACGCGACAAACUAUGUCAGAAAUUCGAAAGCUAUUGGUGUACUUUGGGCGAUUUUUACAAUCUGCUACGCGAUAAUCAGCGUUGUGGCGUUUGUUACUCCAGAGUGGAUCGGUGAUUUAGAGACUGAAUACCCGAGGAAGUUUGGCCUCUGGCAAGUUUGCAGAACAGAUGAUACCUUGGAAGACUGUAAAGGGAGGCUCGACGACUUCUUUUCAAUAAAUGGGCUUGUCUUUAAGAUAGCGACCGCCCUCGUGGGUAUAGCUGUCGCAGCAGCCCUGUUUACCAUCUGCACCAUGUUACUCUUCUUUUUCUGUCAAUCGACCACCGUGUUCCACAUCUGUGGAUGGCUGCAACUUUUGUCUGCGGCAUGUAUGAUCGCGGGGGUGUGCGUGUACCCCGCCGCGUGGGGAGAACCGGCCGUGCAGGAGACAUGCGGGCCUACGGCUGACCAGUACAAUAUAGGUCGCUGCCACAUCCGCUGGGCCUACCUGCUCGCCGUGAUCGGCUGCCUGGACGGCAUAGUGCUGGCCGCCCUCGCCUUCAUACUCGCCACGCGCCAUGUCAGGCUCCAACCUGACAGCCAUUAUCCACCUCCGUCUCUCUAUAAAGGUGAAGUCAACAAUGCCUACGUAACGGACGCAGCGUCCGUGGCCUCCCGCAAGUCGCUCGCCCUGCAGCCCGUGCUACUCGUCCCACACGCCCGAGCGAGGGACCUGGACAGCUACUCGCACUACUCACAGCGCUCCAAACACGGCUACGCUAAUACCAUGCACAACUACCAGCUGUAACAGGA